AUGGCUCCCAAGAUCCUAGUCGUUCUCACCAGCGUCGAUAAGAUUGAGUCUAUCAACAAGCCCUGUGGGUGGUUUCUGCCCGAGUUCUCUCACCCCUAUGAUAUCCUCGUUGCUAAGGCCGACAUUGUGGUCGCCUCGCCAAAGGGCGGCGUAGCUCCACUCGACCCUGCCUCCCUCGACUUCUCCAAGGAUGACGAGGCUGCGAUGUCUUUCUACAAGAACAAAUCUGCUGUCUGGGAGAACACCACUCCAGUCAAGGACUUUCUUGGCAAGACAGAUGAAUACGCCGCCCUAUUCUAUCCGGGUGGUCAUGGGCCCAUGUUUGAUUUAGCCACAGACGCCGACUCCAUCAAGCUCGUGCAGGAGUUCGUCGCCGCUGGGAAGCCUGUCGCCGCCGUCUGCCAUGGCCCUGCAGCUUUUGCCAACGUCAAGCUCCCUAACGGCGAAUACCUCGUCAAAGGCAAGACCGUAACUGGUUUCACGAAUGCGGAGGAGGAUGCCAUGCAGAUGACAAGCGAUAUGCCGUUCCUGCUGGAAGAUGCGCUCGUGAAGGCCGGUGCCAAGUUUGUCAAGGCUGAGCCCUGGGGUGAGAAAGUCGUCACUGAUGGGCUUGUGAUUACCGGACAGAACCCUGCAUCCGCUGCUGGUGUUGGAAAGGCCAUUCUGCAGUCUCUUGGAAUUUAA